AUGGAGUCUGAGAAGGUGUGGGAGGACAGAAACCCACGGAAAGCCUAUGCUCUACUAAAACAGUAUAGCGGCAAAAUGAAAAGAUGUUCUCCUGUCCUCAACACUGCCAAUGAAGUAAAUGUCGAUGAAGCAACGCUUCCCAUUUUGCGGAAACACUUCAAGACCUUGCUGAACCGGCUAACACCGUCAGCUCCUGAACUCAAGCACGUCCAUAGGCCGACAUACGCGGUUAACGAGGAACCACCAACCGAGGCGGAGGUUCUAGUUUGUAUUCAGAAAAUGAAGAAUGGAAAAUCUGGUGGAGACGACGGGAUUAGCGCAGAAAUGCUAAAAUAUCUUCCCCCGUCUGGGAUUCGUGAGAUGACAAAGAUCAUCCGAUCAAUAUGGAUAGGCGAAAGAAUACCUGAUUCGUGGAGAUACGCUAUCAUAAUUCCCCUCCACAAGAAGUUAUCCGUCACAAACCCAAGGAAUUAUCGAGGAAUCUCUUUGCUGCUUUUUUAA